AUGAAAAGGCGUAUAUUUGGCUUUUACCAGCUUUUAUACAUCGUUCUCUCAUUCCACCUUUAUCUCUGCGAUGAGGAGGGCAUCUGUGAUCGCAGGCCUUUGGGAACGACUACAGACCCGUUGCCGCCUGACAACCGCUUUCUGUUAGAAAUCAAGGACGCUCAUGACGACAAGUACAUUCCAAAGCGACAGUACGAAGUUCGCCUUUUUUCUCGAGACAAAAAGACUCCUUUUAUUGCCUUCACGAUUUCUUUACGAGAAGAUUUUAUAAAGAAUAAAUAUAACCCUCGGAAGCCGAUUAUGUUAAAAGCUGGGUUCUUGGAGACACACAGUAGCUUCAAUAACGCUAAAUACAGUCAUACGUGCAAUAAUACCAUCAUACAGUCGGAUAUCACACCGAAGACAGAAACUAAGGUGCUGUGGACAGCUCCAGAAAAAAAUAACAAAUGCGUUACCAUUUUCGCUUUGGUGGCAGUCCAACCAACUGUGUGGUACAGUUUUGAGGGACCCCUAUCUAAGCAGGUGUGUGAAGAUAGGCGGAAGGCAGAUGACAUGCAGCCCACGGAGAACGACAACUGUCAAGUUUGUGAAGAUGCCAGGUAUCAGUUGACGAUAGAAGGUAUGUGGUCUCCCAACACACAUCAGUUCACGUACCCAGUGACCCAAGAGCUGGCCAGAUUCAGCGAUAUUGUCGGUGCAUCACAUAACAAGGACUUCGCUCUUUACACGUAUAACUCGGAAGCUGGUGAUGGUCUGAAGAUGUUGGCUGAACAAGGAAACACUACAAAAAUGGAAUUAGAGAUUCUAGAUAUGGUUAACGAUGAUAUCCAGAUAUCACUUGUCCGCACUCUGAUAAAAGCCACCGCCCCGCCCCGCCCAAAUAUGUCCACGGUUACUAACUUCAGAGUGACUCGUCGCCAUCACCUAGUUUCAUUAGUGAUGGCCCUCUUGCCUUCCCCUGAUUGGUUCCUUGGAGUGUCAAAUAUGGAAUUGUGUGAUGCAACGACAAAUAUGUGGGCGGAAAAUAUCACUUUUAACCUGUAUCCUCUUGACGCUGGAACUGACAGCGGGUUGACUUUUGAGUCGCCCAACGAUGAAACUUCACCACCGCAGACCAUUACAUCAGCGGAUAUAGCACCUAACCGAGCCCCCAAGGAAGAUACAAGGCCUUACGCAAGGUUGCUGUUUCAUUUAGUUCGUACAUACAGCAACCUUGAUUGUUCGGAAGAACAUCCAGCUACUGAGGAAACUGGUGGUGGUACAAGUGAUGACAACGGAGGUGAACCAGGAGAUGGGGAAGAUGGUUCUGAAGAAAAAAAUAAAUUUGAGUAUCGUCCUUCACCUGUUCCAACUACAACAACCAGUGAACAACCUCCAUCUGUAGAUCCAGACACAGAAGAAUCAAAGUGUCCCAUGACGACGUGGAGUGACUGGGCUGUAUGUGACGGAGAAUGUAUAAAUAACAAAGUUAAUGGAUACCAGGCGCGGUAUAGACAACACGUUGGGGAUCCAACUCCAGAGUGCAUAGAGGAGGCUGCUACCGAAGAUUUUCAACCUUGCUCAGAAGAUUGCGAAGAGGAAGAACCAGCACCAGAUGAAAAUGAAGAACAAGAGUAA